UACACCACGCUGGCCAGCCAUAGGCUGUUGCAGACUAUUUCUUCUAUAGACAAGCAGAGAGAGACAGAGGAAGAGAAAGAUGAAAAUGGAUAUUACAGAACAGAAGAGGGAAGACAAGGCUGCAUAAGACGGCUGAGAAGAUAAAAAGAGGGUGGCAGAGCAGACAGCACCAGCCUCGGCAGAAUUCCCAGAAUCCCUCAACACUUACGGCUGAUCGUUCAUACCUGCUCAGAGGAGCCGAGGUCGACACCUGUCAUGGCAGACUAGCUUUAUGUGUCUGUCUGAGGAGUGUUAAAAUUGGGAGAGAAGAAGAGAAACAGAAAUAGAGGAGGGAUAGAAGAUAAACGGGAGAGAUAAAGUGCUUGUGAUGUUGCGUGGGGAUGAUGCAGAAUAUCAGCGCCGGUAUCACACUCUGGGCAGCUCCACCCGCCGCCUUUCGAACCCCGACCUGGAGGCCUACGCUAAGCUCCACAAGGGCGGCGACGUGGAGCACCAGCGAAACAAAAACCCUCCACAGCACGCUGCCACGCUGGUCAACACUAACUGCGCACGACAGCAGCAACCACAUUACUGGAGUUUUAAGGCGAGGACUCCGCGUGGCUCUGCGGUGUUACAGCAGCAAACACUGGGCGAGCAGGUGGGUGGGCGACUGUGUUAUGCGUCUGCAGAGAGUUUGGAGAGCAUGGCCGACGCUGAGCUCCCACUGGGCUUCAGUCGCUCAAACAUACUCAGACAGAGUCUUCCACUCGCCCGAUCACCAAGCCAAGCUAAACUAAGAGCCCCCGCGGUGUUAUUUUUGCAAUUUGGUGACGAGACGCAUCGAGUGCACAUCACUCAUGAGCUGACCAGCAUGGAAACACUUCACGCACUCAUCGUUCACAUGUUCCCUCAGAAACUGACGAUGGGUGCACUGCGUUCACACGGCACAGCUCUUCUCAUCAAAGACGAGGCGCGCAACAUCUUCUAUGAGCUGGAGGACCCUCGUGACAUCCACGACAGAUGUCUUAUUAAAAUAUACUGCAGAGAGGCCCCAAUACGAGACCCACACUAUAACACACAACACACACCCCACCCUGUACACCAUGGCCACAUCACCAAUGGAGACCUGCGGAGAGAGCUGGUGUACACCUCGAGGGAAUCAUCUCCCACACGCCGUUUGAACACACUCCCAUCUUCCUCGCCUUCCUCUGGUUCACCGUCACACUCGCAAGCUCGCCUUUCCUACACGGGUGGGCGUCCGUCCUCUUACGCGGGGCCCCAUCCAUCACCUCAGCUCCACCACUAUCAGCACCAACACCACGCCCAUUCAGCUGGCCACACCCCCCAACAGCAAGGCCACACCCACCCUGCAUUUUGCCCCUCCCCCAGUGCCAUCCUGGAACGCCGUGACGUGAAACCGGACGAAGAAAUUACGUCAUCAUCGAAAAGUGUGGUGCUGCUUAAAAACGAAGCAAUAUACGCAGACCCGUACACGCUCGUCCAAGAUCCUCGGCUCAGCGUUGCGUCACCGCAAGCUCUGGCAUACCGUCGCAGCUCUAUACGCUCUCUUGGUGGCUACCCUGCAGCGGCAUUACAGUGUGAGCUCGAGGGCGCCCUUUACAGGCCCGGAGGGCCCAUAUAUGUGGAUCCAUAUGCCACAAUGGGUUUCCGCACCUUACCUCCAGCCUCACCACAAAAACUGUCUGAUGGCAGGGACCCUUAUGGGAGCCACCCAGGCCGCGGGUCCCCAGGGAGACAUGGGUUACGUAAAGAUGGCACUGUGUUCAUAGAGAGCCCCAAAAAUCGUCCUGGGGGGCCGCCGCUGGAGCAGAUAUGUAUGCUGGGGGGCCCUGGAGGAGAUGGAGGGCCCUUACCAGUUUAUGGCUCAACAUUACCUGGAAACGAAGAAACCAGAGAGCGUAUGGAGGCAAUGGAGAAACAAAUAGCAAGUCUGACCGGUCUGGUUCAGAGUGUCUUGACCCGUGGACCAGACAGCCCUGAAAAGGCAGAAACAGCAAGUGACUGCUCAGCGCCAGAGAUCUCGUCCCCAUCCACGCCCCUGGCUCUAAUGCCGCCCCCGCCCUCUGGAGUCUCUCAGCCAAUAGCGAUGUCCCAUUUACAAAUGCAGUUGCAUCUUACAGACCUGCAACAGCACACAGUUGAACUACGCAAACAGCUGACAGAAUUACGCCAACUACAGUUGCAGAAUCAGGAUUCUGUGCAGGCAUUACUCAGACAGACAGAGUCUGAUUUGGGAAUGUGUCUGAUUGAGGCAUCUCGGACACAAGAAGAUCCACUACAGCGUCAGCGUCUUCUGGUGGAAGAGGAGAGACUACGUUAUCUUAACGAAGAAGAACUCAUUAUACAACAACUACACGAUCUAGAGCGCUCGGUGGAGGAGAUGAGGGUGGGGGCGGGGCUUAACCACAACCUGGUAACCCAUCAGGAAAUAGAACAGAAGAGUUUGGAACUCAGGAGACUCGGAGAGACCGUCACUUACCUCAAGAAUCAGUUCCCUACUUUACAAAGUAAGAUGCGUGUGGUGUUGAGGGUUGAAGUUGAAGCCGUCAAGUUUCUGAAAGAAGAGCCACUCAGAUUGGAAGCACUUCUGAAACGCUGCAGAAACAUUACUAAUACACUCGCUCUACUACGAAGGCAGGUAUCGGAAGGCGUGUGGAGGACUCCUGAUGACUUCAGUAGUUCUGUUUCCAGCUCCAGCGAUGUUGACUUCAGCCGAAGUUCUGAUCUAGAUAUUCUUACCAGCCCGUCUCUAAAUCUGCCUGACCUAGGGGGCACCUUAUCGGGCACUGCCACUCUCUCUGGCUCCCUGGGCACUAAUACCACCCUGGGGACAAACCCCAGCCUGACUAGUACUUCCAGUAUAGAAGGUACCACUAGUCUGUCAAACGUGCUCGGCUCCAGUGUUGGUGGCACUCUGAGCAGCAGUGGCAUUUCAGGCUGCACCACACUGGGUAACUGGUUGGCAGGAGCUGGGGCAACAGACCCCAUCAUGCCUGAGAUGGACAGCUCCUCCGCAGGGGCAAUAAAGACCUCUGGCCUGGAAGACCUGCCCAUACGUAGAGAAUCUGACAAAGGAGUGUCCGUGGAGGUCCGACUGGCCGCCGAACGAGACUGGGAGGAGAAGAGAGCCAGUUUAACUCAGUUCAGCGCUCAGGACAUCAACCGUCUGCUGGAGGAAACUCAAGCAAAGCUCAUGAAGGCCAUUCCUGAUCUGGAUUUUGCUGCCAAGCAGAUCACCAAACCGGCUGUACCUCCAAAACCCCAACUCUCCUCUCUGCCAGCCCCUGGAUCCACUUCCUCCACCCCGAGCUUAACACCUGAACAUCACCCCAGCAAAACGCCACCCAAACCACCCAGCAAAGACAGUAUUCCACGCAGGGGAUCAGGAGAGUUGACUGUGCAACGGUAUCGAACAGAGAAGCCAUCUAAGUCUCCGCCCCCUCCUCCACCACGCCGAAGUUUUCCAUCAGCCCUCGGACACACGACCAACAGCAGUGGAGAAGUUAUCACCAUAAGCAAGAGCUUGAAGAAAACUGAGAACAAAGAGGAUGCUGAUGUACUGACUCAAUCUCAGACACCACCCAUCAAACACAGACGGCCCUCGACCUCUGACGGGCCCUCAUCCACACCACCCGUCGUCGCCGCUUCCGGCAUGGAGGAUGAAGAUGAGGAUGAGAAGAUUAUGGCAGAACUGGAGCCUGUAGGCACUCCUCCGGGUUCUGCUAAGCUGGUGCAGCCAUCUGCCGCAUCUCGCUUGCGACACCUGCAACAGAGCAGCCUGGAGCGUCGAAACAGGAAACAGCAGGAGGAAUUCCCUAAACUGCAGCAGGGUCAGCAGCAGGUGAAUACCUCGUGGAGACGAUGACCCUAGAAAUCCUGGAGAAGCACAGGUGACCCCCGAGCCUAAAUCAUACAUGGAAUAAAGUAUCUACACAUCUAAAGCACAACACAUCUCAGAGCUUUGACAAAGGUAUGAAAUGUCAGACUCUAAUUUUAUAGUAAAGUGUCAUAAAAAAAAGUUGUUUGGAGAGUAGCAAAUAAGGACCAGAUUAUGUGCACUUAUUAAACUUAGAAAAAUAUAUAUAUAGUACAUUUAACAAUAAGCCGUUAUAUGCAGUGUGUAGGUACAAUCUUAAACCUCAUAUGGUAAUAUAAAACAUUUUAGGGUGAAUCUCCCUUGAAAAAAUGUCCAGGUCUCAUUUCACCCCAAAAUCUAAAGUAGAAAAACGAGAAAUUAUAUUUUACUAAUAUAAUUAGUACUUUAUAUAAAAAUAAAGCCUAUUUUGAGGACAGUUUAAGAUUUUGUGUAUUGUGAGUGUGACAUUUAGGCACAUUUCACCCCCAAAUUCAUUUUCCUUGUAAGUUUUAUUGUAAUUCAAUAAUUUUAAGUGCAAAUCAGCAUUCAUUAAAAGCAGUAUAUAUUACUAUCAUGAUGAUGUAUAAACACAUUGCAAGUUAAAUAAUAUAUGAUUCUUUUUGCAUUAAAGCAUAAUGUGUUUAAUUGCCAUGAAAAUAAUGUCACGAUGCAAAAAAUCCCAGUGUUCCUAAAAAUAGGCUUAUAUGUAUUAAUUAUAACUUAAAAAUGAAUAUAAAGUAUAAUAAAAAUUAAAUAUAAAUUGAAUGAUUAUAUUAAGAAAUUACAUAUUACAUUUAAUUAAUAAUUAAAUAUAGUUAUUCAAUUAAAAAAUAAUUCAAUAUUGUUUUAUUAAAUAAUUAAAUGUUUUCUCUUUUAAUUUUGGGCUGAAAUAUGACUCCGUGUUCAUGAGAUUUAACCCUUUCGCUGGGUGACUUAGACAGUAGCUUAAGCGCAAAUCAUAGGUUAUGUAGAAUUAAAUUUACUGGACAUUACAUUCCUGUAAAGAAAAUAUCUAGCUCUCUAUCCAACUAGAAAAUAUCUGUAGCACAACUAAAUCUAACUUCAUGGUUAAAUAGUUAAAAUCUUGAAGAUAUUGACGAAUUAAUUGGUACAUAUUUAUGAAGUAUAGGCUAGAUAUUUUAUAUAUGAUUAGCUUUUGUAUUUUUAUACUCAAAAAAGGAGAAUAGGUUAAAAUAAUUGAUAACGUGGGGUACAUGCCUUAUCUAAUACUUAUUGUAUGAGUUUUUCCAAGUGCACAAGAAAGAAACCUGCAAUCUAAUGCUAUAUGAAUCAAAUACAUUUUUUUGUUUCCCCCAGUGGAAUUUGAAGUGCUAGAGAGAAUACAUUUUUUUAGAGCAUAUAUUUUGCAUUGAACAUAUUUUCUUAGUUAUUUCAUAGCAAAUUUCCCCAUACAGUACGUGUGAAGCACUUUGCGUCAAUGGGCUGGACAUAUGCAAUGGUUUUGUACAACGAAUGACCAGUUGACGGUGAAUAAGACUGCGGUAGACUGUUUAGAAAAUCAAUAUUUCCUUCAUUUGCUGAAUGCCAAGGGUUUAUAUACAACUGCCCUGCUACCAUUCAGCCUUCAGUUAAAGAAAAUAUAAAGGCUUACGCUAUAGUUUGGUGGUCGUACAUUAGAUGCCUGAUACCUCAUUUCUGUUUUAUGUCUUAAAAUAACAUCAUUACAAUAAAAUAAACUCGAACUCUGAUUAAUCUGAGCACCAUAUGCUGUAACACACUGAUAAAUGUCCAAAAUAUAUGUGCAAAACAGAACAGUGUAACUGUGUACCUGUGUAUAAACUGUAUUAUCAUUGAUAUGUUCAUUUAAGGUCUUUUUUGUAAACUUUGUUUUUUAACUAAAGAGUUACGAGAGUUCUGAACUGCAUGUAGAGAUAUUCUUAAAGUCUGCAUGCAGAAUCGUCUCUCUGUAUGUUCUGUUUACAUACAUAGUGUAAGAUAGGUGGAUUUAAAAAGAUAUUUUUUUUUAAAAAUAAAAUAUAGUUCUAUGUGAGUAGACGGGUCAAAUCAUAUCCAUUCAACCAUUCCAAGCCUCUUUGGUGGUGGCCAAUGGAUUUAAAAUAUCCAAGAAACAUUGUUCAUUAAUGCAACUUAUAGAAUGUAUAUAAAUGUAUUGAUGACUUCUUGUGAUAAAAACGAUAUGCAAUGUUGACCAAUAGAAAUAUAUCUAUAUGGAAAUGUUAUAAUGCAAAAGUUGUUUUAAUGUUGAAAAAAAAAAACCUUGUCU